AUGGGGAAGAUGGGGCUGGAUAGCAUGAAGACCAAGGAAAACCCCUCAAUAAAUCAUACCACCAUCACAGAAUUCAUUCUUCUGGGAUUUGGAGAUCACCAUGAACUACAGAUUCUACUCUUCUUGCUGUUCCUAAUCAUCUACAUCAUGGCCGUGACUGGGAACCUUCUCAUAGUUGUGUUGGUUGUGAAUGACAGACACCUUCAGACACCCAUGUAUUUCUUCCUGGGGAAUCUGUCCUGUUUGGAGAUUUGCUACACCUCAGUUAUCCUGCCCAGAAUGCUGGCCAGUUUCCUAACAGGGAACAGAGCCAUCUCUUUCUUUGGUUGCUUUAUACAGUUAUAUUUAUUUGGUUUUCUGGUGACUGCAGAAACCUGCCUUUUAUCAGUGAUGUCUUAUGAUCGGUAUUUAGCCAUUUGCAAACCACUGCAAUAUCAGUUCCAUAUGAGUAACAAGGUUUGUGUCUCUCUGGCAGCUGGGUCUUGGAUAAGUGGCUGUUUUUCUGUCUCUGUAGUGGUCAUAUGGAUGGCCCACUUAACUUACUGUGGCUUCAAUGGAAUUGAUCAUUUCUUUUGUGAUUUCAUACCGUUGAGUAAGUUGGCUUGUAGUGACACCUCAACCAUUAUGCAUGUGGCCUUUGUGCUAUGUUCAGUCUUCACUUUUCCUCCAUUUUUGUUGACAGUAACAUCUUAUAUUUUCAUCAUAUCAGCCAUUUUAAGAAUCUCCUCUGAUUCUGGGAGACAAAAGGCAUUUUCCACCUGCUCCUCCCACCUUAUUGUAGUCACUAUUUUCUAUGGCACCUUAAUGAUAGUUUAUCUCCUUCCAGACGGCCCUAUCCUGAGCAGCUCAACUAAAGCAGUUUCUGUGUUCUACACCAUCUUGACUCCAAUGAUUAAUCCUCUCAUAUACAGUUUGAGGAACAAGGAGGUGAAGGAAGCCCUAAGAAAAUUGGUCAAGAAAUUCAGUCAAUCUCUAAGAUUUAAAUGA